AUGUUACCACCCGACCCGCCGUCGUCGAUCGCAGCGCCAGUAUCACGAACGAAAUUCGAAAAUUUUGCUACCCGAACCACCGUCGUCGUUGUAGCGCCAGUAUCGCGAACGAAAUUCGAAAAUGUUGCCACCCGACCCGCCGUCGUCGAUCGCAACGCUAGUGUCGCGAACGAAAUACGAAAAUUUUGCUACCCGAACCGCCGUCUUCGAAUUUUUAUAUUUUUAUCGAACGUCAAUCUCGAUUUUUUCGUAUUGAGACCUCUAGUGAGGGACAAUGUCAACCAUGAAGACGGCGUGGAAAAAAAAUGA